AUGAUGAUGGCCGACAAGUAUGCGGACGAAAAUAUUGUCUUCGACAAGAAAAACCCGCAGCCAGCUGCUCAUUACAUUGCAAUUCUCACAAAAUUCUUCAACGAAAUCGCACCGAACGCCACACAAAAACAGAAGGACACACUCACUUCACUCGGGAAAAGUACAGUUAUGGUCGGUAUCGCUAACAUAAACAAAAUCAACCAAAAAUCGGAAAUCGAGCUGGAUGGUUUGAAGAAAAAGAUCGACGGGUUAAAGGAAAAACUGCACACCGCAGAUCUCGCGAAGGCUUAUUCACUGAAUAAGGCUUUAUUCCAUACCAAGAAUAAUUCUCAUCAGAAGAUCGACAAUGAGGCGAAAAAGGAAGAAUACGAGAAGAUUGAUGAGGAGAUCAGGCGAGUCAGUAAAGAUGCUGACGCAAUGAGUGAAGAAUUCCACAACAACUUGAUGGACCACAAGGAGAAAUUGAAAAUGAUGGAGUACGAGCACCAGAUCAAUGUGGCUGAGUAUAAAAAGAAAAUUGAAUCCAUAAAGAUUCAAUUAAUGAUGAAAUAA